AUGGACGGUCCUGCUCCUUCAGCGGGAGCUGGUGGAGCUGGUGGAGCUGCUGGUGGUGCUGCUGUUGGUGCUGCUGGUGCUGGAGCUGCUGGGGGUGUUGCUAGAGCUGCCGGUGGAGCUGGUGGCGCUGCUGUUGGUGCUGCUGGUGCUGGAGCUGCUGGAGGUACUACUGGAGGUGCUCCUGCUGGUUCUGGGGGUGCUGAGCGGCUGCGGCCGUACUUCGUUCCACUCCUUCAGCAGGUUCUUGGUCUCCCGCCCUCUCUUAGUCCACCCCCUUCCUUAGAGUGUCCACCGCCUGUCCUAUCCCUGUCUCAGCUACAGCCUACCUCCCCCCUGCCUGCUCCGUCUCCUUACGCUGGUCCGACAGGAGGUCUUGUCGAGCGUCGUGAGCCUGCGUCUCGUCCUGCGUCGCCUGUCCGUGCUGCUCGCACUGGUGGUCGUAGCUCGCGUCAGCGUUCUCCUCCUGUCCCCGGCACGCACCGGAUGACUCUGCGUCCUUCCACUGCUCCUCAGCGUGCCCCUCUGCCGUCUCCUCCUGAGUCCUCUCUUCGUGUCCUUGCUGACCCGGAGUCGGACUCCCUUCGUGCUGCUAGUCCCACUGUCACGCGUCUCCUGGCUACUGUUGUCACUGACCCUUCCUUUGAGUCUGCUGCUGCGUCUGCGCUGGUUGCCGAGCUUGUCGACUUUGCUGCUCGCUGUCGUCUAGACUACGCUGCCAGUCUUGUUGCUGAGUCUGAGUCUGUCUGUCCUCCGUCCGUCGGGGGUGAGUGUGCCCUUGGCACGGACGUCCUUGAGGACAGGCAGGAGGAGUUCCAGUGUCUGGCUGCUGCUUCACCUCAUCUCGUGUCCAUGCUGCUUGCCCCUGAGGGAGACCCGGAUGCACUAGACAUCCCGACUCCGCGCUCUUACGCAGAGGCGGUUGAGGGUCCCUACUCCUCUCAGUGGCAGGCAGCCAUGGACGCAGAGAUGGCUUCCUGGAAGUCCACAGGCACCUACGUCGACGAGGUUCCCCCACCUGGGGCGAACAUUGUCGAUGGCAUGUGGAUCUUCAGGGUGAAGCGGCCGCCGGGUUCUCCGCCUGUCUUCAAGGCGCGUUACGUUGCUCGUGGCUUCACGUGA